AUGUCUCAUUCGGGCUUCCAUGACUUUCCUGAAGGUGCCGUUUAUUUUCCCGAAAUACUCUUCUCCAGUCAGCAAGCCACGUUUAUCAAGGUUUGUAGUCAAACAUUCUUCAUGGACCUACUAAAUUGGCUCCUAGAUUACUGGUACAGUGGAAGUUCUCGUAAGCGGACAUAACCGGGGCUGGCCUCUUACGGGAAUGUAAAAAUACAGAGUUUGUAUGGGAGUGGAGAAAAACGGGAUUUUGUUUCAGUGGCCGUAAGUAGACCUGUCCGCUUACGAGGGUGUCUGUUAGGUGUUCUUAGCUUUAUAAAUAGCAUGCGUAGCAUUCCCCUAAAAGGCCAGCAAGCGGAGCAAAGAUGAAAGACCAAAAACCUUUGUUCCGAAACUGCACGGAAACGCUUGCUACGCAGGCUACUUUAUAAAGGUCGUGAAAUUUUGUUUCCCAGUUUCCGCGUUUACAGUGGUAGAUCCAGACCUUCAGAUAAGGAGAGGGGGAUGGGUCUCCCAAAAAUUUCUUUUCGGCUUUUCGGACCUCAGUUUGGUCUAAAGAUAAGGGGGGAGGCCGCCCCCCCCCCCCCGGGCCCCCCCCAUGGAACCGCCACUGGUUUAUAACCGUUGUAUCACUCGCUGCGCGCUUCAUUUGGCUUUUCUGAACCAACCAUAUAUUACUUGAUGUCGUUGUCUUCGGUUCACGGCAUCAUUUUUAAACAGUUCAGAAGACAUUCUCUUCGCGUGAUACUAAAAGGAAACUGAAAGGUACUAGUGGCAGUUUUUCUGUUGCACUCGCACAGAGCCAUUUGAAAUGGCGGGAGUCGAGUACAAACCCAUGGAAAACACAAGAAAAUCCAGUGAACCUCCUGUAGUAAAAAACGCGGGAAUGGAAAAGGUGCUAAUUUUGUCUCACUGUCCGUAUAAAAUAAUCUUUUAUAAUCAUAAAGAUACAGGACGCACUGUUUGAAAUGAAUGAAAAUUAGGUAGAAAUUCCUUUCUUGUAACAACAAAACUUGAAUCCGUUUUCUUUCUGUAACUCUUUGACUUUUAUGCCAAUCAUUCUCACAAUUUGAACCAAUUCCUUUUGCUAAUCUUGGUCUCUUUCAUCAUGCAGCUGGCGUUGUCACCUUCGCCUCGGUCUCCUUCAGAACCAAUUUCGGUCUAGCCUGUUCCAAGCGUUCAGAUAGUACAGAGCGGUGCGAAGUGAAGAUAGCGAUGAAAAGUAGAGGGGGACUGGGGAGAGAGGUGCACGCUCCUUUUUUCUUCGCACCGCUCCCCACUAUCUGAACGCCUGGAACAGGCUAAUUUCGGUCACAUUGGAUACACAAUUUGUUCUUAAGGUGGAAGGAGUCAUAGAGCGCAGUCAAAAGCUAGGUCAGAGUAUUGUUAGAAGUGUAAACACAAUCUUUUACGACAGUAUUGUAGUAUGACCCGAUAUAACUAAAUUGUCCCCCUAUGGUUUUACAUUUGGCGAACUUGAAAACCAACUCCGAUGUCACGAACUAUUUUUUUUCGAAUCGAUUUUUUCUCAUAUAAACCUUUUUUUAGUAGUCAUUCCACUUCAUAGUUGCACGUUUGUCCUGAACUGGCUAACGACAAAUCGUGCAAAAUCAUCCGCCUUGAUGUCUGAGGCUGUAAGUCUUAGCUCAAAGCCAUAGCCAAUCCCUUGUUUACAAUACAAGGACUCAAAGUUGGAUUAUGGAGUUACCGGCUUCACCAAUCAAUUUUAGUUUGUGUUGUUUUUCUUGUUUAUAAGGCUCUACCGCCGUGUGUAUUCUGUUUACCUGUCAGUAACAUGGCGCGCUAAGGACAGAAAGCAGCAACCCAUGGAUGGAAAGGAUCGUAUUUGUUUCUAGACUCACAGUAGCUUUUGGCCCUUCAGACUCAUUGAGCGCGCAAGAAUUCCGACAGUUUCUGUGAAAAUCGUGAAAAAAAGAAAGCACCCGCCCCUUAGUUGGCGUGUUUUUUUUUCCAUUUUAUUGCUCUCUCUUGUUCUUGCAACACAAGUAGUGUGAAAGAUUUAUUAAAUUUCGGUGUACAUGUAUUUUCUUUAUUUUAGACUUCCCGAGAUCACGUGACCAGUUUAGACCAAACAGUAGUUCCCCACCAUGAUUACUUUAGUGCCCAGUUCCUUCUCCAGUUUAGCACACAGUCUAUUUAUCACGUGACUGUGUCUUCAAGUGUGAUUGACAGUUCUGGGAUACUGUGGAAUACAGGACCCCAGAAUAGCCUGCAGGUUAAGACCACGGAUUCUGCCAGCAGAAAGCAGAGAACGUCUAGAUCAUAA